AUGCGUAUCGAGGAACUCAUUAUCGACGGCUUCAAGAGUUAUGCCACCCGUACAUCCAUCACUGGCUGGGACCCUGAAUUCAACGCCAUCACUGGUCUCAAUGGUUCUGGCAAGUCCAAUAUUCUCGAUGCGAUCUGCUUCGUCCUCGGCAUUACCAACUGGGCACAGGUGCGAGCAAGCAGUAUCCAGGACCUGAUUUACAAACGUGGCCAGGCUGGCGUAACCAAGGCUUCAGUCACUGUCGUUUUCAAUAAUCAGGAUCGUGAGCAAAGUCCUGUCGGUUUUGAGAGCAGCAAGCAAAUCACCAUCACUCGACAGAUCUUGAUUGGCGGACGCAGCAAGUUCUUGGUCAAUGGACACACAGCUCAACAACAGGUCGUCCAGACCUUAUUCCAGUCGGUACAGCUCAACAUCAACAACCCACAUUUCCUAAUUAUGCAAGGAAAGAUCACAAAGGUUCUCAACAUGAAGCCACCAGAGAUUUUGUCCAUGAUUGAAGAAGCUGCUGGAACCCGCAUGUUCGAGGAGAGAAAAGAAAAGGCGCUCAAGACGAUCGCGAAGAAGGAAAAGAAGGUUGCAGAAAUCACUCAGUUGCUGGCGGAGGAAAUUGUGCCCAAGUUGGACAAGCUACGAGGAGAGAAGCGAGCAUAUCUGGAGUUUCAGAAGACCCAAACAGAAAUCGAGCGACUGUCAAGGAUCGUCGUCUCGUACGACUACUCCCGCUAUGAGCAACGAUACUCCAAGACAAAAAAGGAUCUUGCGGAUAAAAUUACAUUGACGGAGCACAAAACAACAGAGAUCCAACAACUGCAGUCGGCUAUCUCCAACAUCACUCAGGACAUCGAAAAAAUCACGGCAAAUCGGCUCAAGGAGAUGACACAGGGCGGCAAAUUUCAGACAUUGGAUAUGACGGUAAAGGAACUUUCCAAGGAAAUGGUCAAAGUGAGAACGCAGCGUGAUCUGAAAGGCAAGGAAGCUGAGGAGGAGGAUCAAAACCGAAUAGGUCUUCAGGCUACGCAAAAGGAGACUGACAAAAUUCUUCGCGAGAAGCGGGCGGAGUUCCAGAAACUCCAAGUCACCUACAACGACCUCAAGAGAAAGCAUGAUGAGCAGCAGGAGCAGGUGCGCAUGAACGAGGAAUUAAUCCAGACACUUUCCACGGGGUUGGCCGCAGAGGAAGGCCAUGAGAACGGUUACAUGGAACAGUUACAAAGGAUCAAGGCAUCGGCGGCGCAAGCGACGACGAUCGUGGAGCAAUCGAAACUGAAGAUGAAGCAUCUACAGACUGAGCUGGUAGAGAAGCGCAAGCAGGUGACAGUGGCACAGAAAAACAACAAGGAUCUGAGUGCUGGGCUUUUGGCGACUAAGCAGCAGGCGAAGCAGUUGGAAGGCGCUCUGAGCAGACAGUCGUUUGACCCUGAAAAGGAGCGAGCGUUGUUGAUGGAGAAGGCAGCUCAUUCAGAGGGGAUCCAAAAACUUACGGAGCAAAUCGAAUAUACUUCACGGAAGGUCUCUGGUCUCGACUUUCAGUACUCAAACCCCACACCAAAUUUCGACCGAUCGACCGUCAAGGGCCUUGUUGCAGAGCUGUUCACAGUGCAUCCAGAGAACAUGAAUGCGGUGACAGCACUGGAGAUUUGCGCCGGGGGUCGUUUGUACAAUAUCGUUGUUGACAAUGAAGUGGUCGGAUCUCAGCUGCUUCAGAAUGGCAGGCUCCGCAAGCGUGUUACAAUCAUUCCUCUUAACAAAAUUUCUGCGUUCAGGGCGCACGCCCAGAAAAUCGCCACUGCACAAAAACUAGCCCCAGGCAAGGUAAACCUGGCCCUGACAUUGAUCGGGUUCGAGGAGCACCUGGAAACGGCCAUGGCGUACAUUUUCGGCAAUACCCUAAUUUGCGCUGAUGCAGAGUCCGCUAAGAAGGUCACAUUCCAUCAAGAGGUCCGAAUGAAGUCUGUCACGCUCGACGGCGAUGUUUACGACCCAAGUGGAACCUUGCAGGGCGGAUCUAGACCUUCCGGUGGCGGCAUUCUUACUAGUCUUCAAGAAAUUCACGAGCUGAAGGGUCGACUGGCUGAGCGCCGACAGCAGCUUCAGCAAGUGGAACAUCAACUCGCUGGCUUGUCUCAGGAAGGAAGGGCGUAUGCUGAACUGAAGCAAAAGUUGGAGCUGAAAACCCACGAACUCCGCUUGUCUGAACAGCGGAUUUCUGCCAGCGAGCACGUUCAACUGACGGAACAAGUUGAGAAACUGGAAAAGGAAAUUGAGGCAUUGGAGCAAGGAAUCCAAGAAGGAAACGUUAAGAGGGCCGAUGCUGUCAAGCGUUGUCAAGAGAUUGAGAAGGAGAUGAACGACUUCAAGAAGAACAAGGACGGCAAGCUGCAGGAACUUAUGCAAAAACUUGCAAAAUCCAAAGCAGAGUUGGUCAAGAAUGCACCUCGGGUAAAGGUCAUGCACCGUGAAUAUCAGACCUUGGAGCUCGAGUUGGAACAACUCGAAAAGGACAUUAAGACUGCCAAUCAGGAGUUGGCGGACAGCGAGGCCCUGAUUUCCAGCUUCAAACAAGAACGCGAUCGGCUUCAGGAACAUUCGAGGAACCUGGAGGAGUCCUAUGAGAAGGCACAGGCAGAGUUUGAGCGGGAGAAGGCACAGCUCACGGCAUAUGAUGAAGAGUUGAAGGAGCUAGAGGCUCUUUCGAAACAAAAAUCCGAGGUUGUGGCUGAAAUUCAGCUGGAGAUUCAGAACUUGGCGCACGAGACGGACCGGCUCUCGAAGGAAAACCAGUCGUUACUGAAGGCCACCGAGGAGCUCGAGGCUGCUAAUGAUUGGAUCCAGGACCAGAAACAUCUGUUCGGACAGCUCAAUGGCCCGUACGAUUUCACGUCUCAAAAUCCGUCGGAGAGUCGCAAGAAGCUGAAGCAGCUCGACGAGAAGCACUCUGCCAUGAAGAACAAGGUCAAUCCUAAGGUUAUGACUAUGCUUGAGAACCAAGAGAAGCGUGAGGCAUCUCUGAAGCAGAUGUUAGCUACUGUGCAACGUGACAAAACCAAGAUUGAGGAUACGAUCGCUUCUUUGGAUGACUACAAGAUCGAGGCACUCGAAAAGACCUAUUCAAAAGUCAAUGGGGAUUUUGGAGCCAUCUUUGGCGAUCUGUUACCCGGAAACAACGCCAAACUGCAGCCUUUGGAGGGCAAGGACGUCACUGGCGGACUGGAGGUCAAGGUCUGUCUAGGGGGUGUGUGGAAGGCCAGCUUGACAGAGCUGAGUGGUGGACAGCGAUCGUUGAUUGCCCUGUCCUUAAUCUUAUCCCUGCUCCAGUUCAAGCCUGCACCAAUGUAUAUUCUGGACGAGGUCGAUGCAGCUCUGGAUUUAUCGCAUACGCAGAACAUUGGUCAACUGCUUCGCACGCGGUUCAAGGGAUCACAGUUUAUCGUUGUGUCUCUGAAGGAAGGAAUGUUUAAUAAUGCCAAUGUGCUCUUCAGGGCGCGCUUCAGGGAUGGUAUUUCUAUUGUCGAUCGCAACGCACAAAAUCAGAGAAGCAAUGCCAAAGCAGUUGCUGGUUCUUCGUCAACCACAGGAGGACGUCGGGGAGAGAACGAGAAGGAGAACGAUGUGUCAGCGGCCAACGUUGCGACAUCCGAAGGAUCUGGGUCGCUCUUAGACAAGAAGCAGGCCAAGAGGAUCAAAGUCUAG